AUGAUCCAAAAAAAGUGGCCUCCAUUCUAUGAAGAGAUGCAAGGCGUUGCUGAAGGCUCGGGCUCUUCGGUACUCGAUAUUGUAGCCCUCAACAUCCGCACGGAAAUUGCCUUUGGACAGUUCAGUGACGGCUGUACGAGCUUAGCAUGGCAUACGAGCGAAUCGGCCUUUCUCGCACAGAAUUGGGAUGCAAAAGCACAAAAGGAGAAUCUCAUAGUCUUGAAGAUCAAGCAAGAUGGGAAACCCGAUAUUCAGAUGAUCACUGAAGCAGGCCUUAUUGGCAAAAUUGGAUUCAACGAGGACGGAGUGGGCGUUUGCUUAAACGCCAUCAAGGCGAAAGGCAUGGACAUGAAUCGUCUUCCGGUUCAUUUGGCAUUACGCCUGGCCCUCGAAUGCAGCACAGCUCUGGAAGCCCUUCAGAAGCUGGAAUCGUUCGGCGUCGCGUCCCCCGCCCAUAUUCUGGUGUCUGACCGUACUACUGCCUUCGGAGUAGAAUGUUCAUCCACUACGAUUGAGAAGCUCGUGGCCGAUGGCCGAGGGAGACUGAUUCACACAAAUCAUUACAAGUUGCAACACAACGGUGUAGUAGAUGCUCAACUCCUCGAGGACUCGGGGCCUCGCGACACGAGGAUGCUCGAGUUGACCGACACUUUGGCCAAACCAACAUGGAGUGGAAUUUUCCAGGCCUUCCAGGAUGAGGCUGAUGCACCGUCCUCAAUCUGUCGAACACAGGUUGGGAAAAGCACACUCGCAACAUUGUUCAACAUCAUUAUGGAUUUGAGAGCUGGCAGAGCUGAGAUAUGUCUUGGUCGACCAGUGGAUAUAGAGGAAAAGGUGUUGCUGUCAUUCUAG